AUGGCUGACAAGAAAAUCACCCCGCGCGUCUUCAUCAUCCGCCACGGCGAAACCGAAUGGUCACUCAAUGGCCGACACACAGGCAGCACCGACAUCCCCCUCACCGCCAACGGCGAAAAGCGCAUCCGAGCCACCGGCAACGCCCUCGUCGGCGACGACCGCCUAAUCGUGCCCCGCAACCUCGCCCACAUCUACGUCUCCCCACGCACACGCUCCCAACGCACACUCGAGCUCUUGAACUUGGGCUGCGCAGACCCAAUGCCCUGGCAAGACAAGACCGAACACAAUGACAGCAAUGUAAAGACGGCAGCAAAAGUCCAAGUCACCGAAAGCGUCCGCGAAUGGGAUUACGGCGACUACGAGGGCUUGACGUCAAAGUACAUUGCCGAGCAACGGAGUAAAGCCGGUCAACACAAAUGGGACAUUUGGAAAGAUGGGUGUCCUGGCGGCGAGAGUCCUGAGCAAAUCACCGAACGCCUAGACGCAGUGAUUGCCGAAAUCAGAGAGAAAUACCAUAAGAAUGCCAUAGGCAAACCCAAGGCAGAAGCAGAGCCUUACGAUGUGUUGAUCGUAGCACACGGACAUAUACUCAGAGCAUUCGCGGCAAGGUGGAUCAACAAGAAUAUCGCGGAUAAUCCGAGCAUGCUAUUGGAUGCUGGUGGUGUGGGUACCUUGAGUUAUGAACACCACAGUAUCGAUGAGCCUGCUAUCCUCCUAGGAGGAGGUUUCAUGGUUGACGUGGUGGAGAAUGCGGAAGAGGAUGUCAAGAAGAAGUAA